CAAUAAACUGUACGUCUGUCUUCUCUACAGGAGGUGGUCCUACAGUACAAGUCCUCCAGUACAAGUCCUCCCAGCAUGGGAGCUAUCCUCUACAACAGCUCAGAGUUGCCAACUUUCACCCUGACAGGGCUCCCAGGGCUGGGGACCUCCCAACACUGGAUGUUCUUGCUCCUCGGUACCCUCUGCACUGUCUCCAUUGCGGGCAAUGCCCUUAUCCUUUUCGUCGUCAAGGAGGAGCAGAGUUUGCAUCAGCCUAUGUACUACUUCCUAUCCCUGCUCUCAGCCAAUGAUCUAGGUGUGUCUUUCUCCACACUGCCCACCGUGCUAGCCACAUUUUGCUUCCACUUAAGGAAGAUCAGCUUUGAUUCUUGCAUGGCUCAAAUGUUCUUUAUCCACUUCUUCUCUUUCAUGGAAUCUGGGGUCCUGCUGGUUAUGAGUUUGGACCGCUAUGUGGCCAUCUGUAACCCCCUGCGCUACACCACCAUGCUCACAGAUUCCCGUGUUGUAUGCAUGGGCUUGUGGGUAAUCACCCGCAGUUUUUGCAUGGUUUUCCCACUGCCUUUCCUUCUGAAGAGGUUGUCCUUCUGCAAGGCCAAUAUACUGUCCCAUGCCUACUGCCUUCAUCCGGAUCUCAUCCACCUUCCCUGUGGUGACAUCACCAUCAACAAUAUUUUCGGUCUCUUCAUUGUGAUGUCUACCUUCGGCCUGGACUCUGCACUCAUUCCCUUCUCGUGUGUGCUCAUCCUGCAUGCUGUACUUGCCAUUGCUUCUCGGGAGGAACGGUUAAAGACACUCAACACGUGUGUGUCACAUCUGUGUGCAGUGCUCAUCUUCUAUGUUCCCAUGGUUGGUGUGUCCAUGACUGCCCGUUACGGGAGGCAUGCCCCCCGAUUUGUGCACACAGUCAUGUCCCUCAUUUAUCUCUUUGUGCCUCCCAUGCUCAACCCUGUCAUCUAUUCCAUCAAAACCAAAGAGAUUAGAAGGCGGCUUGGUCGGAUGCUGAUGGGAACCAAGUUUUAA